AUGUCAGCAUGGAGUGGUUCUAGAACUGUUCUGCUUUAUCUCUCAAAUUCAACGGCAUUUUCUUAUACACUCUUUCAAUAUACAUUUGUUGCCACAAUGAUCAGUACAACACUGGCAUUUGCUCUCCGUCAAGACCCUAGCUAUUGGUGUCUCAAUGAUAUUUCUGUCAUCGGCAAUGGACAACAGAUUUGGCAAGAUGGUGGUUUUGAAACGAGUCCGUUGACUCAGUACCACACUUACUGCAAUCCGAACGCGGCUGCAGCUAGCGGUGUCAUAUCGGCGACGUGCGCUCAUUCGGGCCAUUACAGUUUCUACGAUGGUUCUGUAAGAUAUUCAGAUUAUCUUAGUCAAUCGUUCACAACGGUGGUCGGCCAAAGCUACAGCAUCAGUUUUUGGCUUGAAAAUCGGGGUGGUCCUAUAAACAGUUUUAUCGCUAUCAUUACCACAUAA